AUGCCUCCUGAACGACGAAGAAAGACAAAGGCAACAGAUAAUAUACCUAGGUCAGGCGACCCAGAGCGCCAAAGACAAAGAGAGAAAGUUGCAGCUCUGGAAGCCCAAGCAAAAAUUAAAGAGCUACCAGAACCACUUAGCCAAGGUCAAGAGGUGUCGCGCUUGGAGGGGCAUUCAGAGCUCGUCUCCAGAAUAUGUUCAACGUCCCCGCCAAAUGUUGCGAUUGAAGAGAUGGUGCGUAGCCCCGGUGGCUUCGACCUGCCAGAGCCAGAUUUCAGACAGGAGUCUCUAGACAUGUCCCCUCUUCAAUACUUCGGUGAGUAG